AUGUGUGAUGAUGACAGUUUCAAUAUUGCAACAGUGCCUCGUCAUGCUAAAUUUGGGUCUAAAACUGACAGCGGUGAUGGUGAUGAUGAGAGUACGUUGGGUGAUCGAUUUUUUGACUUGUUAUCUUUGCAAAGAGAUACUAUAUCGAAAGCCGAUUUGAGUCAUUGUAUACAGUUACGUGAUGAAUGUAAGCUUGCAUCAUCAAAUAUCGAAAAACAAUUUGAUCAAUUACCAACAGCUGGAGCUGCAGUUACAUCUGCAAUAACUGACACUGUUAGAGUUACAGCAGUAAAUACCCUUAACACAUCAGCCGGAAAUAUUCAUGAUGAUGCUUCAUUUGGACUUAAUCGUCUAGCAAUGUUUCGUCAUCCAUCGCGUACACGUUCAUCGGGAUUUCGGUCGAAUGUAAUCCUUCGGGAAGAUAAUAAUACACCGCACUUAUCAACAUUUACUGUGGAAUUAAGUUGCAAUGAAAAUUCUGGCCCAAACGGUUGUGCUGAGAAGAAGGAAGCGGUAAACCGUGCUUCCAAAAUCUCUUCCAGUGGUCCAAGUAAGCCAAUGAAGACGUUACGUUAUAGUGCUUCUCAUGCGACUCAGACACGUCAACAGUCGCUGGAUAAAGGUGGAGGUCGUGUACAGCCUGCUGAAAUGAAACAAAGAAUGGGAUCAGUGAAAUGUCAACCGACAAUCAAGAUUCGAGCAUCAAGCGCUGAACCCAGAACCCAGAGACUAGCAGUAGAUUUCAAACGUGCAAGGAAAGCAACAGAAACGACUGUGCUAACUCAACCACGUGGACUAUUACGUGUUCGUUCUUCCAGCAGUAGUGCUGCUAGGACCAGAAAUGUUGCGACAAAUGCUGCAAAUGCCGUAAGGACAAACCAAAUAACGAUAUCUCAACGUCAAAAUGAGGCUAAUUUAACCACCAGAACCGGUACGAAUACAGAAAAUACGGUUCCUAAGCUAGGAGCAACAAAAAAAUUGCCAUAUGUCGGACCUGAAACUAGAGCACGAGCCAAAAUAAAACAAAGCAAUGAAAACUUGAAAGUGAUGAGAAUCAGUUCAACCGUGAGCACACCAAAGCAAUUGAUGAUCAUAAAGCCGGAACAUAAUCGACCCUUAUCACAGUUGAAUUCAAAUAUUUCAAGAAACGCUUCUGGGAAUGGUACUGCACUUGUAUCUAAUACUAAGAGCGCUGAAAGCGGUCACGUAUCACGAUCACGUACUCGUGAAGCUCAUGAACCUGUUCGUGUUCGAAAUACUCAAGGAAGAGUUAAAGGUGCGAAUGGCCUUCCACCAAUCGAAAGUGAAAGUCGUUUUCGGCAGUCAUUGACUCGACGUCCAAAAGGAGGUGAUUCGUUGGACCGAGAUGUAACUAAAGCAGUAGGGAAGGAAAAUGAUGAAAUUUGGACAGUUGUUACGAAGAAACCAGAACCUGUGCUCGAAUUUGCAUCCUGUUUACGAAGUCGUGUUGCAGCAAAAAAAGUCCAGUCUACAUCUACUCAUUUCACAGGGCUUCCAAAUACAGGGCAAACAAAACAGGAUGCCCGUAAAGCUCCACGCCGACGAACUGAAGCGGAAAGAGAAGCAUUCUACAGACGUCUGAGCACACCUAAAACAGUUGCUACGAUCAAAAAAUCCACCAAAUGA